CCCAUAUGCUUGAGUGCAGAUAGGGGUCAGGGGAGACCCAAGGGCGUUUUGUCCCAGACAGAAAGGGGCACCCGACCCCCACAGGUUAAGUUUUAAAUCCCGCUUUCUUCCUCCACCUCAGCACCGGACCACCUGCCUCUUUAGCUCUUCCCAGAUCCAGGCCUUCUUCGCUCUCCACUCGCACCGCCCGGACCCUGCCCUCGCUAGGACCCCGACCUCCGGCCUCUGCUCCUGUCUCCUCUCCCUUCUGGUCUAGAGCUCCCCAAAUCCUUCCUGCCCGAGCUUCGAGCUCCCCUGGGCAUUGACAAGUGCGAAACGACUAGCUCCAUUUUACAGAUGAGGAAACGGAGGCUGGGUACAGCUAAAUCAGUUGCUCAGGUCCCCAGGGUUGGGCGACCCCACAGCCCAGGCUCUUGGCUACGACUGGGCGGGCAGCUGCCCUUCCGGCCUCUUCGAGAAGCAAAUCACACCGCAGGAGUUUCACAAGACUUAGUCCAGAAAUGGCGGGAGGGCACGAGAUCUAAGUGGCUCCAGUGUACAAAUGGGAUAAAAUGCGGACGGGGUCGUGUUCGCCGCAGCCAGUUCGGAUGCUGGCCUCUCUCAUUUCGCAGCCACACCCCGCCCUCUACCUCCCAGCGCAGACCACGCCCCCGUCGGCGUCCGCUUCCGCGCGUGCUUUGCGGCCCCAGCGGCCUCCGUAACCCCGCCCCCAGGGGCGGGGCUGGCCGCCAACUCCGCAGACACCGGCAUGAAGCCUCCACCGAGGCGACGAGCUGCCCCGGCGCGCUAUCGGGGCGAGGUGGCCGGCGGCGCCGUCUGGAGCGCCCUCGAGAAGCGGCAGCUGCUCCGACUCCUGCAGGCGCGGCGGGGCCAGCCGGAGCCGGACGUCGCCGAGCUGGCCGGGGAGCUGCCGGGCCGGAGCGAGGCCGAGAUUCGGGAUUUCCUCCAGCAGCUCAAGAACCGUGUGGCCCGGGAAGCCAUUCAGAAGGUGCAUCCAGGUGGCCUAAAGGGUCAAAGGCGUCGGGAAACACAGCCCCCAGCUCCCAUCGAGGUGUGGAUGGAUCUGGCUAAGAAGAUAACAGGCCCACUGGAGGAAGCUCUGACUGUGGCUUUCUCACAGGCACUCACCAUCAUGGCCGUGGAGCCCGUCAGCCUCCUGUACUCCAAGCCGUCCAAGCCUACACAGGCACAUGGAAAACUACUGCCCCUUAACACCCCUAGCAGACAAGAGAACCCGAGCCCUGAGGCUUCUGGCCCCACCCCUGAAGCAGCUGCUGGCCCCUCUGCUGAGGGAGACCUCGAAGUGGAUUUUGAAAAGAUCUACAAGUACCUGUCAUCCAUCUCCCACAGCUGCCAUGGCCCUGAGCUUUCCCCAGCUGAGUCAGCUGUGGUCCUUGACCUGCUCAUGUCACUUCCUGAGGAGCUGUCUCACCUGCCCUGUGCAGCCCUGGUUGAGCAUAUGAUGGAUACAUACCUACAUCUGAUGACCCCCCAGUCUGACCCCAGCGGUGGGAACCUGGGACCGGGAGCUGAGGUUUGUGGGACUGGCUCUAGGGGGCAAGAGGAGUCCAGUCAGGCCACCCCCCAGGCCCCUGAGAAUGCCAGGCCUAGCAAACCGAGAUCUGCCUGGCAAGUAGUUGGCGUUUGCCCCCUGAACCCAUUUCUGGUGCCCCUGGAGCUUCUGGGCCAGGUAGCUACCCCUGCAAAGUGAGGGUCCCAGCAGACAGAGCACACACCAGACAUCUGUGAGCUCCUGGCCUUCACUUCUGCUUGGGCUGGCACUGGGUAUUCAUGAGGAUCUGGUCCUGGUGGAAAGUCCCUCACUCAGUGUGCAGUGCCACGUGGCCUUUAGGACAUUCCAAACAGCAGGGGUUUCAGAAAUGGAAGCCCAUUUGUACAGGAGUUCAGCCACAGAUCUUAAGUGGGGGCAGCCAGAUGGCUGGGAUAAAACCACCAUCAAAUACUGCCUCUCCUCCUCUCCUGCAUUCUUUUGCUUAUACCCUAUAACUGAAUAAAAUUUUCAAUCUGUC